GCGUCGUGUUACGGCCACUUCCGGUGUUUUCCUGUCGCUGGUUUGCUACGACUUAAAAUGUUUGCUAGGAUUUUUUUUCAAUGAUAAUUUAAUUAGCGAAGUUUUUUCGAUGAGCGGAAACAAUUCAUUUAUUUACAAAAAGACUUAAACACGGACUGAGUGAACGAGUUCAGUCUUUCGACGCUAGCUAGCUAACGCCUGGCUAAUUCGCUCAUUGUCGCGGAUUAUAGGAAAAAACAUAUAUUUGGCUUUUAUUUGUGUAUUUUAUUGAAUUUUCGUUCGGGUUUUUUUUCGAGGUAUAUAAAAAAAUGAACAUUUUGCCGAAAAAAAGCUGGCACGUGCGCAACAAGGACAACGUCGCGCGCGUGCGCCGAGACGAGGAGCGCGCGGCCGCGGAGGAGAAAGAAGUCCGGCGGCGCGGCGAGCGCGCGGAGCAGGAGGCCCGGACGGCGUACCUGCGGAGGAAAUCGCGUGCGGCUCUGGAACUCUCGUCCGGACCCCAGGACGAGGGCGAGACCACCCGUGAGACCACCUGCGAGACCGUCCAUGAGACCGGCGGGACAGAGCAUCUCAACCUGUUCCCUCUGGAGGACUCGUCCGAGAAGAAAGGCAACGCUGAGUACCUGCGUGAGAAGAAAGAGGAGAAGGAGAAACAGGAGCGCGCUAUCGGCCUGUUGGUGUCUCUCGGCCCCGCCCCGGGUACGGAGGCCACGCCCUGGUACCUGAAGGAGAGACAGAGGGACAAAGACGCAGAAAAGGAGAGCGAGAGAGAAAAAGAGAGCGAGAGACGCGACAGGGGCAAAGGGAAGGGUAUAAGUGAGGAGGAGAAGGAGAAGAAAGAUCGGAAGUUAAAGGACCGUCUGGACCCUCUGAAGGACAUAAGGAAAGCUCUGGCAGUAAAAGACCGGAAAGAGAAGAAGCACAAGAAGAAGGAGAAGACGAGUGCAGGGAGCUCAAAAGAGCGACUGCGUGCGGAGCGACUGCAGAGGGAAGCGGAGGAGCGCAGACGAGCUCAGGCCCUGCUGGACAAGAGUCGGGGAGUGGGCGGAGCCACGGACGGACAGACCGAGCCGGCCGAGCGAGACAGACCGUACAACAGCGCGUACUUUCCCGAACUGGCACGCAAGAGACAGAGGAGAGACAAAGACAUCACCGACUUUCUGAACUCAUGCUCAUAGACUCAGGGGUCGUCUCGCAGACGUUUGUGCUCUAAAGUGAAGUAUUUGAUCCGUUCUUCGUUCUUCACCGGUUGGAAAUUUCUUCACGGUGCACUGAUGCUCAUUUCACAACAGCAUGAAUAUCAUAUUACUGGUAUAAACAUUAUUUAAUUUAAUGAUGAAGUUAUUUAUUAUAUAUUUGUAUAUAUAUAUAUCACAAAAAUGUCUGACUUGGUCUUUUGUUGUUGUUGUUUUUGUUUUACGGCCACAAAAAUCAAUAAAAUUGG